AUGAAGGUCUCCGAUGCUAUCCUUGCAGGUGUUGGGGCGUCGAUGUCCUUGAAAAAAACUCCCGCCAACGCAACCGAGAAGUUCAGGUGCCCAACGCCAAAUGGGUCCUUCUGUUUAGGCCCAUCUCUUACCAUGCCUAUCCUGGUCAGCUGCGAAAACAACGUACCGAACCCUGUGAACUGCAUACAACAAGCAGCUAGCCGCCCACCCUUCGACAACAUCUACGCGCCUUGCUGGCAGUCUUCACCGCAAGCUGGAGACGCAGCAUGCAGCAAGAGCUGUACAGUCUAUCCGACCAGCGGUGAACCAUUUCCAGUGCCUGGAGAGUGUCAGGCAAGCCCACCGCAAGAGCCCGGCACUCCGCAUCCACCUACACAACACUUCGCACAGACCGGCGGACUGAACCUAGACACAAGUUCACAUGGGAAUACCACCUCCGCAGCGACAUCGUUCGCAUUGCCACUCCUACCAAAGCCAACGAUGAGCAGCUACGUGGGCAGCGUGGCCAGGCCACCUCCAUCAUCGACCACAGUGUCCCCAUCAGCAAGCUUAGCACUUUCCGCAGGAUCCGCAUCAGUGCCACCGCCACCAAUCUACAACGGCAACCACGCAGUUCCAACACCAUACUCCUCACAACCCCCACCGCCACCAAUCUACAACGGCAACCACGCAGUCCCAACACCCUACCCAUCACAGCCCCCACUCCCAACAAUCCGGCCAUCAAUCCUGUUUCCACCCCACAAUCCCCUCUGGCAACACGCCUCCUACCCAGCCCCGACCAACCUCCAUCCGCUUCCGCCUCCACGACCAACGGAGUCCGCCAAGCUCCCCACAGACCUUUCCAACCUUCCUAAAGCAUCACUACCGCCCUACGUCACGACAGUAACCCUCACCAACGGCACCAGCACCCAAUUCCAUACCGUCUUCUCCGACUGCGGGAGCGGGACAAUGGUCAUCGGCACAGGGACGGAAAGUUCGUACUCUGUUGUGCCUGUCACUGAGACCGCUACCGCAAGCGCUUCAGUCCCCUUGUGGCCCGAGGCUCCAGGAUCUGGAAAGGUGGACUUGACGCACCCGCCUACUGGACUGUUAACGGUACCGUGUUCUUCUGCGACGGACGCAGUGUCGAGUGUAGUGCAACCGUCGAACAGUACUGGAUGGAUCGCUCCCGGGAGGCCGACAUCGGGGAGUGGUGCUACAGUGUUGCCUUCCAGCAGUCGGUCUUCAGGAUUCGUUCAGUCUACUGGCACUAAUUCGCCGGCUAUGGAGCAGAAUUCGGGUGCUGCAAGCACGAUGCGGAGCUCUUUGUUUUGGAUUGCAGCGACUUUUGUUCUGGCUGCGACUUGGCCAUGCUGA